AUGGCCGACCUCUCGAGAGAAGACCCGCCGCCUUCAAACAGCCCCCAUCUCGUUAUCCGGCAUCCUACCGAAGGAGAGUGCAGAACAAUCUCCACCAAUACAUCCGCCGAAUGGAAAGACUCGCUUUCGCUCGCGCAAUACUUAGAGGAGGGUCACUUGCUCGCUACGGUUCCUCUAGCCCAGGACGGAGGCAUGACAACAUGGAUCUUGGUUCACCAAGAUCAAGCUCCCAAUGAACGUAAAAUCUUGUGUUCUUGCGAAAGCUUCUCCAAGCGCUCACUCACGAGCAAUACCAGUGGCUCUGUUAGUGAGAAUACCGUGCAUGGUGUGGCUAGCGUCUUCUCUCCGAGCGAGUACCGCGGCCGAGGGUAUGCGGCACGUAUGAUGCGAAGCACGCUGUAUUCCGACAUAGGCAAAGAAUACUAUGCCAAACUGGGUUGGCUCCCGAACUCCACGAAUUCGCAUAUCGAGCUGCAACCCAGCGUCAUCGCAUGGCCUUCCCUUGCUACACCAGUUACAGAGGAUGAGCUGGGUGCUCUGUGUAAGCGGGAUGAGGAAUUGGUACGAUCCCGCAUGUCAAUACCUACAGAAGAGGCGAAAACUCGGUUUACAAUCAUCCCAGACGUUGAUCAUAUGCUCUGGCACAUAUCCAAAGAAGAGUUCGCCGCUAAACAACUCUUUGACAGAAUACCCAAUUCGAAAGGAGCGAGAGCUGGCCCGCCCGGUAGCCAAGUCUGGGCACUUUGGACGCAUCGAUACUACAGUCAUCCUGACGCAAGCACGUCACGCAACGUGCUAUACAUACUUCGUCUAGUGAUGGAGGUCGAUGAGACCGCAACAAGGUUAUCUUCUGAGGCUACCAAACGACCCGAGCCUACCGUCUAUGAGCGGCAGAUAGUGUGCCUUCGGGCGAUUUUGCAGGCAGCUCAGACCGAAGCCAACGAAUGGGAUCUCGAUGUCGUCAAAAUUUGGGAUCCUACACCCUUGGUUCUAGACCUGCUGACUCAAAGUGGUCUCGAGUACGAGGUCAUCGAACGGGAGAACGAUAGUAUCGCUAGUCUGCUUUGGUACGAUGCAGAUGGUGGGGUCAGUGACGGGAGGCCGUUGUGGCUGAACAACGAGCACUACGCGUGGCAAUAG